AUGCAGCUAGGACCCACCGUUUCUGUUUCAUUGGGGACUUGGACUCGAGUUAUGGUUUUGGGUGAAGGAUCUCAGGGCAAAGUGUUCUUAGGCAAGCCAACCUUGGGACCUAUUUACUAUGUUGCUGUCAAAGCCGCUUUCAUAGCAAAAUCUUCUUCACUCGCCAUCGAAAAAGAUAUUCUACAACACUUUGUCGGAUGUCCAGAAAUCAUUCAAUGUAUUGGAGAUGAGAUAACCCUCGAAGAGUCUUCUAUUUGUUACAAUCUAAUACUGGAGUAUGCUGCUGGAGGUACCUUAGCCAAUUUGAUUAAAAAACAGAGGAAAUUGCCAGAGAAUCUGGUGAAGGAAUAUCUUAAAAUGAUAUUGAGAGGGUUGUCUUGUAUCCAUAGUAAAGGGUUCGUCCAUUCUGAUCUCAAACCAGCUAACAUUCUUGCAUUCCCUCAAGGGGAUGGUAAGAUGAAGUUAAAAAUAGCUGACUUUGGACUUUCUAAGAGAUGGGUCCACCAGGAUCAUGAAGUGGUACUAAAUACUACUAUAGCAAGUUCCAAGCCGAAGUUUAAAGGAACGCCCAUAUACAUGUCACCAGAAUCUGUUGUUCUUGGUAGUAUUAGCCCUCCAUGUGAUAUUUGGUCUUUGGGUUGCAUUCUAGUUGAAAUGAUUACGGGAAAGCGAGUAUGGGAGAGUUGUCAGACUAUUGGUGAGUUCAUAAAAAAGCUUGUGCAUGAGAUGGAAUUACCAGCGGAUAUACCUGAAGAAUUAUCCAGAGAAGGAAGAGAUUUUCUUGCAAGCUGCUUUGAUCAUGAUCCUCAACGAAGAUGGACGGCUAACAUUGUUGUUGUCUUCUAUGAACGAUACAGAGUGAACUACGGACUUAACGUCGACAAUCUGCCACAACGAAGUGAUGUGAUAAACGUGUAUGGGCGAAAUGAAGACAUACACAGCUUCGCCACCGAUCAAAUGGCGGCCAAUGCUUGGGUUAACGCUCACGUGCUUCCUUAUUAUGUGGAUGUCAAUAUUGCAUAUAUUACCGUUGGCAACGAAGUUGUCCCUAUCGACCCAGCUACGCCUUUCGUUGCCAUUGGGUUUACGUAUAACAAAAAUUUCAUGAACCAUGUGGCGAGUGGAGCAGGAACUCCGAAGAGGCCAAAUGUGAAGUACAAUGGGAUUUUGUUUGAGAUGUUCAAUGAGGAUCUCAAAGCAGCUGGAGUUGAGCAGAACAGGAUGCAGUUAGGAUCCACCGUUUGUGUUUCGUUAGGAACUUGGACUCGAGUUAUGGUUUUGGGUGAAGGAUCUCAUGGGAUAGUGUUCUUAGCCAAGCCAACCAUGGGACCUAUUUACUAUGUUGCUGUCAAAGUCGCUUUCAUAACAAAAUCUUCUUCGCUCGUCAUCGAAAAAGAUAUUCUACAACACUUCAUCGGAUGCCCAGAAAUUAUUCAAUGUAUUGGAGAUGAGAUAACCCUUGAAGAGUCUUCCCUUUGUUACAAUCUGAUAUUGGAGUAUGCUGCUGGAGGUACCUUAGUCAAUUUGAUUAAAAAAGAAAAGAAGUUGCCGGAGAAUCAAGUGAAGGAAUAUCUUAAAAUGAUAUUGAGAGGGUUGUCUUGUAUCCAUAGUAAAGGGUUUGUGCAUUCCGAUCUCAAACCAACUAACAUUCUUGCAUUCCCUCGAGAUGAUGGCAAGAUGAAGUUAAAGAUAGCUGACUUCGAACUUUCUAAGAGAUGGGUCCACCAGGACCAUGAAGUGGUACUAAAUACUACUACAGCAAGUUCCAAGCCGAAGUUUAAAGGAACGCCCAUAUACAUGUCACCAGAAUCUGUUGUUCUUGGUAGUAUUAGCCCUCCAUGUGAUAUUUGGUCUUUGGGUUGCAUUCUAGUUGAAAUGAUUACGGGAAAGCAAGUAUGGAAGAAUUGCCAAACUAGUGGUGAGUUCAUAAAAAAGCUUGUGCAUGAGAUGGAAUUACCGGCUGAUAUACCAGAAGAAUUAUCCAGAGAAGGAAGAGAUUUUCUUGCAAGCUGCUUUGAUCAUGAUCUCAACGAAGAUGGACGGCUAACAUAUGGUUUGGGCAACAUCGAAGUGAACUACGGGCUGAACGAUGACAAUCUGCUGCAAUCAAAUGAUAUGUCAAUAUCGCAUACAUUAUCGUUGGCAACGAAGUCGUCUCUGCCGACCCAGAUAACCAAAGUGGUCCACAUAAGCGCCACGGGAGUCUCGUACCCUCCCUUCGCUGGAGCAUUCACCAUCGCAGCUGCCAGACCUCUGAGCAACAUUGCAAAGGUGGUGGGCGCUAGUGGUGUACCAUUAUUGCUGAACGUGUACCCAUAUUUCGCGUACACAUCAAACCUACAACAAAUCCCACUAAAUUACACCCUCUUCACUUCCACGACGUCGGGAGUGGUGUAUGGAAAUCUGAACUACUAUAAUCUGUUUGAUGUCAUGGUGGAUUCUUUCUAUGCGGUGCUGGAGAAGAUUAGCGCUGCCACUGUGAGACUAUACAUUUCAAAGACUAGGUGA